AAUUCGGUGAUAGUGCAUAUCGUUGCGUAUCCUCGCAGGACCGAUCGACCGUCCGAUCCCGCGUUCCUCGUGCGCUGCUGAAACGGCGCGCGCAGUGUCCGCAGGUAUGCAGUUCUACAAGGAGAAGCUGCUGUCGCCCGGCCAGCUGAAACGAUUGAGCGAGCACAAGUAUAGUUGCACGAGUAAGAGCCUCCUGGACGGACUCUUGCAGCCCUGGUGGGACUGGUUGGUCAGCAAGGUGCCCCUUUGGCUCGCGCCCAACCUCAUCACCGUGCUCGGGCUCAUUGUCAACAUCGUCACCACUCUGAUCCUCGUCUACUACAGCCCGGAUGCGAGGGCCGAGCCACCCAGAUGGGCAUGUUUUUUAUGUGCACUCGGUCUAUUUAUAUAUCAGAGUUUAGAUGCUAUCGAUGGUAAACAGGCUAGGAGAACUGGCACAUCUACACCAUUGGGUGAAUUAUUUGAUCAUGGAUGUGAUUCGAUAUCAACAGUGUUUGUUGCUUUGUCAGCAUGUAUAGCAGUACAAUUAGGAUACUACCCAACGUGGAUGUUUUUCCAGUGUUUCUGUGCAAUGACACUAUUCUAUUGUGCUCAUUGGCAAACCUAUGUUUCAGGUUCCUUAAGAUUCGGUAAAGUGGAUGUAACGGAAGCACAAUUUACUAUCAUAACUAUCCAUCUGAUUUCCGCUAUCUUUGGUCCAGAGAUCUGGAUGAUGGAGAUACCAUUCUUAGAUGGUUUUAUAUUUAAGUAUUUAUUAGGAGUUAUGACAGUGGUGUGUGCACUGACAAAUUUAUAUUCUAUAUUCUCGGUGAUUUUCACCGGAGGAGUGGGCAAGAAUGGUUCCACUGUGGCUAUCCCUGUGCUCGGUGUAGGCACACUCAAUAACUACAUAGCAGUGAUCUUUUAUGCAGGCUACGUUCAGGUGUUCCUUGAAUUCUGUAAAGUCUUUGAAUCUGGUGGGAUUGGAAAAAAUGGUUCCACGAUUGCAUUGCCAUACACUGGCACAGAGGUGAAGGUGUUUCCAUUAUGGGCUGCUGUGGGCAUCGCUAUUUUACUUGCACAGAGCAGCAUAUCCGUCAUUCUCGCCGGUGGUGUCGGAAAAAAUGGCUCCACCGUCGCAGGAACAUCUGUCUUAUCACCAAUUAUACCAUUUAGUUUCGUGAUAGUACCAGCUUUUAUAAUAUAUAGAAAAAGCGCUGAGCAUGUCUAUGAAAAUCAUUCAGCCUUGUACAUACUUGCGUUUGGGAUGGUUGCGGCCAAAGUUACCAACAGAUUAGUGGUUGCUCAUAUGACCAAAAAUGAGAUGCAAUAUUUGGACAGUUCUCUGAUCGGUCCAGCUAUGCUGUUCCUCAAUCAAUAUUUCAAUUUUUUCAUCAAGGAGUAUUAUGUUCUUUGGCUGUGUUUCAUCUGGGUUACUCUGGAUCUCUUUCGGUAUAGUGCUCAAGUGUGUCUUGAAAUAUGUGAUCACAUGAAGAUUAAGCUAUUCAGGAUACCAUGCGACCAUCAUACAAGUACUACUCAGAUUUCUAACGCCGCCGAGAAAAAUGUUCACAUGAUGGUGGAGGAAGAGCCGCUAUUAGACGAGGAACAUCAUUACGGAUCUGAUACGACCGUCGACCUCUGAUAUUAGCGAUAAUAAUAUUGUUAAUCAGCUCUACAUUCUACGUUCUACGAUUUAAAACGCAAUAACAUCCGAUUGAUUGUAAUAGGCAGAAUAAUAAGGCGUCAUGUUAAUUAUCGUCGCGCUAGAUUAUCGUCUGAUAAUGUUACAAACGAUAAUUGCGGGAAUACACGUGGCGAAACACGAGGAAUAAUUUAUGUAUCUUGUCUUACGAAUACACGAGAUAUAUCUUGCAUACGUGUGCUUGCGUAUAAAAGAAAAAAGAGAUAUCUCUCGCAUCUUUUUUAUGACGCAAUAUUAUGUACAUUAUUUCAAUAAUGCGGACGAAUAUAUAUAUACAUAUGCAGAGAUCGUAAUGAAAUUUUUGACGGAAACAGUACAAAAGUGUUAGCAAUACAAUUGAGUCAAUGAUAAUGAUACGUUCCGACGUGUUUGUAACAAUUGUACCGAGCUGCAUUUACGAGUAAAAUCAUUUUUUUUUUUUAUUAUAUUUGUACUUGCUCUACGGUAUUACUUAAAGGAUAUUACUUAAACAGUUGUAUAGGAACGAAAAGAUAAUUUAGCGCUUUCAAAUAGAUGCAAUCUUUAAAAUAGCGAAUUUGAAGGUAUUUGUAAGAAUACUAUACUUGUAUUGUGACGGAAAUGUAUGAAUGAAUUGUCGCGCUGAUAGUUCGUUAAAAAAAAGAGAUCUUUUGAAUUUUUGAGAUAAAAUAUUGAUACAUUUAACUUGUUAGAUGAAUUAAUAAAUAUCAAAAUUAAGUCUGAUGAAAUGUAGAAUAUAAGAUUAGAUUAGAUGGAAAUAGUAUUUUGACUAAAUAUUAAAACAAUAUUUGAUCUAGUGGUUCGUCGUUUUAAUAUGAUCGCUCGUAAUGCAGGAUUAAUUUUCUUUUAGGCAGCGAUGUAGAGAAAUAGAACUAUAUAGUUAUAGAACUAUAUAGUUGGAAAAUCAGAAAUAUAUUUUAUACAGAAAUAGAAUGAUAUACAUAAGGAAAGGUAACUCUCUCCGAAAGUUUGCAGGAGAAUGUUGAAUAUACCUGUAUGUAUAAGCUAGUAAACGAACACUACAGUAUUAUGAAUGUUAAUUAUAGUUUUUGAAUUUUUUGAUGAAUCUUUAUAUAUAGAGAUAUAUAUCUAUCUCGAUUUUAUUAUUUGUGUGAAAAUUUUGUUUUUAACCAAAAAUUAAAUCUAACGAACGAAUUAGAUCUUUACUUAUUUCUCAUUAAUGUUUAAGGAAGAUAAUUAUCCUUUAUCGGGCAAAUAAUGAAAUAUUUGCGAUCUAAUCUGUGGUGUUCGCACAGCGUAAGAUAAUUUGCUAUCAUGCUGUAUAUAUAUACAGAUACUAAGAUAUUUUUAUCUUAACGCAAUCGUAAUUUAUUAUUCAUACUCUAUUUAAUAAAAUUUAUACGAACGUAA